UCUGUCUUUCUCAAUCUGCGCGAUUUGAUUCACCAUUUCUCUCGUCUCUCUCAGAAGUCGUUGAUUCAUCUUUACUCCUACAUUUUGGUUGAAGGAGCUAUGGGGAGAAAGGCUGGGAAUUUGUACAUAAACCCGAAAAAGCUGGGGAAUAUGGCAAAACCGUGUAUGAAGGAAAUGGUAUCGUUCCUCAACUGUAUGGCGCUUAACCAUAUCAAAGAUGAUAAGUGCGAGAAACAGAAGCAACUCCUGAGUGUUUGUAUGCACGGCCAGACGGAUAAUAAGAACAAGUCUUGGGGAAACAUUAACUACCAUUUGCAGAGGCUUACCCGAGGAAGAAAGUGAUAUAAGCAUGGAUAUUUUGUAUCCAUAGACCGAUAGAUUCCGUUGUUGAUCUCUUCAUUUGUCUCUCUGUUCUUUGAGGUAUUCUAUAUGUACAAGUUGUUGGCAUCUAGAAGACGAAACAUUGGACACAUUGCUCACCAAAAGAAAUGAUUUUUGGUCUCUUUGUUUUGCAAUAAUCAUGUCUUCUGAGUGAACUGUGUCUAGGCAGAAAGAAUCCCUUAGUGUUAAUGAUGUUUUGUCAUACGAUUA